CCCCCGCAAACUGCGGGGCGCAGCGCAGGGCGCAGGGCUUCGGAGGCGGAGGCGAAGGAGAGAGACACACACACACACACACACACACCCGGAGAGGCAUAGCCCAUCCUGCCCCCACCUGAGCCACAAUGAAUCCCGCCGUGGGCAUCGCCGUCCUGCUGGCAGUGGUGCAGGCUGCCCGCGGUCAGAAAGUGCACAGCCUGACGGCCUGCCUGGAGGGUCUGAACAUGCGCCUGGACUGCCGCUUCGAGAACAGCACCAAAGACCCUCUCAAGUUCGAGAUCAGCCUGACCCGGGAGAACCAAAAACACGUGCUGCAGGGCGACCUGGGCAUCCCCGAGCACGCCUACCGGUCCCGCCUCAACCUCAGCGCCGCGCACAACCACCUCGCCCUCUACAUGGCCUCCUUCACCAGCAAGGACGAGGGCAUCUACAACUGCCAGUUCCAGGUGCCCGGGGAGGUGACCCACAAUCCCGGCAAGAACCUGACUGUCUACAAAGAUAAACUGGCCAGAUGCGCCGGCAUCAGUCUGCUGAUUCAGAACACCUCGUGGCUGCUGCUGCUGCUUCUCUCUCUGCCCCUCCUGCAGGCCGUGGACUUCGUGUCCCUGUGAGCCCGGGCCUGGAGCCGGGGCCGAGCCGGGGCCUGGAGCCGGGGCCGAGCCCGGAGCCCGGGCUAGCGGACCCAGAAAACCGUGAUGCCCCCCCACCCCCGGGGACCAGGGUCUCUCGGCCACCCAGGCCCCCACGCGCACACUGCACCCCCGGUGGGGGAGGGCCCACCCCCCAUAAAAGAAUCCCAGCUCCGCAUGCCACACUCCCAUUGCCCAACCCCCUCCCCCACCCUCCCCCCUACCACCUUCACUUUCACCUCGCAGGCUAUACUUUUGUAAUAGUCGCCUGAGCCGCUUCUGUCUGCUUUGAUUUCCGUUUCUUUUCAGGGCUGGGGGAGGAGGCGGAGAGAGGGAGGGCUGCUUCUCUCCCACUCCUGCUGGGUGCCAGGGCAGGGGCUGAAUCCAGGGCCUGGAUUCCGGCUGGGGCGGUUGGAGGGCGGGCAGGGAGGGGUGGUCUCCAUUUUGGAGCCUGCCACCGCCCCGCCUGGCGUGAGGUCCCUGGUGACUCCGGGCCCAGCAGGAACGGUGGGCCGCUUCCUUAGCGAGCCUCCGAACUGGGGAGCUGCUGGCCGGCCUACCAGCCUGCCCGCCCCCCGCCGGACCCUGCGGUGUCCCUUCCCCCCUCUGGACCCUCUCCACUGUAUUCCGGCCUCCACCCUCAAAGAAAGCCCUAAGAGAAUGAGGACUCUGAAGUGAACGGGGGAGGGAGGUUUGUCACCCAGUCUCCCCGGGCCCGGUGUAGCCUCAGAACCGGGGACCCGUCCUGGGAAGGGGGAUGACCCCCUACGCCUCCCCACCCACAAGAGUUGGCAAGGCUGCGCCCGCCCCGGAAGCUGCCGGGAACCUCUAGCCUAGAUCUAUCCCUGAAGGGCAGGAGGGGGCCCGAGGUCUGCAAGGGCCACCGCCUCGAUCAGGGCGGCGAUUUGGCCGUCGGACGGUGUGGGGUGCUGGCCCCCGCCUCCAGGGUGGAAGCUCCCCGAGGACAGGGCGGGAAAAUCCCUUCGGAGGGUGGGCCUCCUGCACCCUCCAGCCCAGAUUUUAUAGCUCAGGUAUCUCUCUCCGGCCACAUCUCUUUCCCCAGACCUGACGUUUCCUGGUGAAUACGAUGGAUAAACAGAAAACGGUGAUUUUAAAACAGUUAUAUAUAUAUAUAUACAUAUAUUUACAUAUAUGUAUAUGUGUGUAUACCCCCGAAACGCAACCCAGCUCCCCUCCUCCCUCCUCCCUCCUGAUGUCCAUGUCUCCUGUGAUCAUGUGUAGCGUUUCCACAGCUUGUACUCCGACAUCUGGUCGAGGAAAAAGAAAAAUACCGCACAAUAAACCAAAUCUUUGGAGUGUG